AUGGACCGGGGCCCCCAGCCUCUGCCAUUUCUCUCCUUCUCCGCUUACAAAGAGCGGGGACGGAGCAAGCCGUCGCCACCUGCACCAGAUCCGGGAGACCUGCUCCUGGCACCCCCGAGGGAAGUCAGGCCAAUGGAAAGAGGGCAGAGGUUCACACCCCCACCCCCAAACCUCACAGUAUCUACUUGCCCGGAGGUGGCUCCUCAGCCCAGGGAACCGACGCCCCCGGGCCGGCUGCCUGCACCCUCACGGCACCGGCCCCACCCCCAAUCCUUCCGGCGCCCCAGCGCCCACCCACCCGGGCGCGGGAGUGGGAGGGUGCCGCGUGGGCAGCUGGAGCAACAGGCGUGGGAGCCGCGCUCCUCGCACUUGCUAGCUCCAGAAGGCUCGGUCGCGUCCCUCUUACCUUCGGCAAAGCGAGCCCCAGGCCCCGCGCCCCCCGCGUGCGAGGAAGCUGCGGCCGGGAGCCGGGGGCCGCCGAGGCGCCGAGCGCCUAGCAGCGCGGCGAAGCACCCAGCAGCCGCCGCUCGGGCGGCUCCUCCUUCGAUCCCCCGGUGAAGUCUCGCUCGCUCCCUCCCU